AUGUCACAGCAGAAGGCGGGGAGGGAGAAGGGAGAGAGAAGAUAUACAUCAAUCGCCUGCUUGGAGUGUAGAAAACGAAAGGUCAAGUGCAACAACGACAGACCCAGAUGUUCCAACUGCAGCCUAUACAACGUUGAGUGUGUCUUUGGUCAAGAUCGCCGUCGGGUGUCGGAAGGUCGCCGAAAAGCCAGUCUAUCAGGUGGCGCUGGAGGUGGCGAGCCCUCCGACAACAUCCAUACCGUUCAGAAUGCUAUUCAGGAGCCAUCCGAUCGUGUUGAACGGACCUCGCCCUCACGUUGGGACUGCGCUCCUCUCCGCAACGUUCAAAUCCAGCCACAGCCACAGCAUGAGGAAGACACUGUAUGUCAUCUCCCUUCACUGGGCAUUGCGGAUGCCGAACAGGAAUGGGGUUUCGCAACCGGACCGGGGGUAGUGGUUACACCUCUUGAAAGCAAUUUAGACAUAGACUAUCACCAAUCUCUUCCAUUCUUUGACGACCAAGCUUUCGAUUUCCGCGAGCAGGCCGACCUGACGACAUUCAAUGUCUUCGCCGACACUCCUGAAACUUCGGCGGCAAGUCAAGAUCUAUCCCCUCCUACUGCCAACAUCGUGCAGCUCCCCGCUAGUGAUCCGGUGACCUCUUCGGGAGAAGUGACUACCAAGCUGAGCAGGAUGCGAUCGCAAGAGGACCUCGCUCCUGGCCUGAGUGAUGUGACAAAACAGUUGACCAGCCGCAUGGGACGCCUGCAGAUUGCUGAAGAUGGCCAGCCUCGUUAUUACGGAGCCACUUCAAACCUACACAUUCUCCACAGCGGUCCAAAUUCGUUGGUGCAACCCAAUAUCCGGCAUGUCCUUACUCAUGGAGAGUCUGCCAUUGCUCAAGCCGGUCUUGAAUGGCAAGGCGACGAGGUCUACGAAGAUCAUCUCAUAAAUCUCUUCUUCUCGUGGCAUAACACACUCAUGUAUGUCCUUGACAGGGAUAUAUUUGUCAGAGAACGCCAUCUAUUUAGACUGGGGCAAACCACCGACCUCUACUCACCAGCUCUAGAAAAUGCAGUGUUCUGCAUUGGGUCAGCGUACACCGACCGCUCACACCCAGCCAUUAAGGAGGCGACAGACGAAUUCUUCGCUUUCCGCACCAAGGCGUAUCUGGAAAUAGAGAUAGACAGCCCCACCAUUGCCACUGCGCAAGCCGUCUUAGUUCUGUCAUCGCAUGAAGCCGCCCAUGCUCGGGAGUCACGGGGAUGGAUCUACUCUGGAAUGGCUGUACAGAUCAUUACGGAUUUGGGACUGCACCUUGAUCUCGAGAAGGAAUACUCACGUCUGGAGGGACGAGACACUGGGUUCGACGAUGUGGCUAGUCUGCGCCGCAACCUGUUUUGGUCUACGAACACAAUCGAUACAUUGUGGAGCGCUCACAUCGGGCGGCCAUCGUUGAUGAAGCGCCUUGUUCACAACGUCCAGCUCCCGCUGCCGUCUCUUACAUACAAGUGGGAGUACUAUACUGACCAAUACAGCACCCUCAAGUUUCCACCAGACUUCGAUUGCCAAGCAGCCGCCUACAUUCAUGUUUACCUUGCAUCCCUCAUGGUUAUCCUAGCUAGGGUCUCUGAGGUUUUAUACUCUGGUGUACCCGAAAUCUCAAGCGAUAUCGAGAAGUUUGUCGAAAAAGCAGAUUGCGAUUUCCAGGAAUGGUUGGCAUCAUUGCCGCCGAAUCUCACUCUCGACUUGUCAACCUCAACUUUGUUCCAUCUGCCGGCUGUGCUUGAGUUGCAUCUCGGCUACCACGAAUGCAUCAUACUACUGCACAGGCCGUUAAUGACGGCCGAGGAUAUCACAAGGGAGGCAGUCUCUGAGGCCUCAAGCUCUUCCUUGCGAAAAUGCAUCAACAGCGCCGAGGAGAUAUGCCGUAUCCUGGUGGUGUUCCGAAAGGUUUAUGGGCUGAGACGACCUCAUCACCAUAUGGUUCAUGUCACCAUGACGGCCGCAUUGAUCCACAUCUUUCAGCUCUGUGUCUGGCCUGGAGGAAGCAUUCCGAACAAAGAGGCGCAGAAGAACCUGCUGACCUGCAUCCAGUCUCUUGGGGAGAUGGGUCAAACUUACAAGAGUGCAUCGCGGGCUUUGGACGUGGUCACUUCGUUAAGACAAACCUGGCAAGAGGAUCCAUUCGCAGGCGACAGGUUUAAAAGAGCGAAACUUGGUUAA